UUUUUGUGCUUUCUUUUUGUUUAAUAUUUGGUGUUGACAGACAUUGAAAAUUAAAUGAAAGCGUAGUCCGAGCAUAAAAUAAAAUAAAUAUGAACAACUUGUGCAUAAUUAAAAACUAAUAGUGUUAAAUAACCACCAAAAAUAUAUUUAACUUGUGCUAAAGAAGUUAUGUAUGAUCGGAUUCAACCAAAAGCUUGAAUAUGAAUGUACCUCCGUCAGUUCCCCCUAUGGCCGGUUUAUCCUCUGCUAUGGGAUAUCCACCUAUGGUGCCCUCUUUUAAUAUGCCACCACCUGGGUUUGGACCACCGCCGGAAAUUGCUGCAGCGUUUGGAGCCACAUCGUCAGAGUGGAGUGAGCAUAAGGCGCCAGAUGGUAGACCAUAUUACUACAAUAAUGUUACCAAACAGAGUUCUUGGGACAAGCCAGACGAUUUGAAAACACCAGUUGAAAAGAUAAUUGCGUCGUGUCCCUGGAAAGAGUAUCGGUCGGAUAAUGGAAAAAUAUAUUACCAUAAUGUUAAUACAAAGGAUUCGAGAUGGGAACCUCCACCUGAAUACCUUGAAAUGCAAUCAAAAGUUAAGGCAGAAGAAGCUGCAGCGACAGCAAAAGCAGUUGCUGCAUUAACAUCGUCUUCUAUGGCUGGAAUGAUUAUUCCACCAUCCAUAGCGUCGGUCUUGCCUGCAACCAUAGCUGCGGCAUCAAAGCUUUCGACGCCUGACAUAAGUUCACCUGCUUGUGAUACUCCCCCUGGUAGCAAUGAAAAUUCAUCGUCGGCCUUGGAUCAGGCUAUGGCAGCAACACUAGCGUCAAUUGAAAUACCACAAACUACAUUCAAGGAAGAAAAAGAGAAUAAAACUCAAAAAACUGGAAUUGAAGAAGUAAAAUUAAUUUUUAAAGACAAAAAAGAAGCUAUAGAGGCUUUCAAAGAACUUCUAAAGGAAAAAAAUGUACCAUCAAAUGCAAAUUGGGAUCAAUGUGUGAAAAUUAUUUCAAAAGAUGCUCGCUAUAACUCUUUCAAAGGAUUGAAUGAGAAAAAACAAACAUUCAACGCUUACAAAACUCAAAAGCUAAAGGACGAACGUGAAGAAUCUCGUCUUAGAGCAAAAAAAGCUAAAGAAGAUUUAGAAAAGUUUCUAAUGUCAUCCGAUAAAAUGAAUUCGCAAAUAAAAUUCUAUAAGUGCGAGGAAAUAUUCGCAACGAAUAAAAUUUGGACUGUUGUUCCAGAACAGGAUCGCCGAGAUAUUUUCGAUGAUUGUAUUUUUAACUUAUCUAAACGUGAAAAAGAAGAAUCACGUGUAAUGAAAAAGCGCAACAUGAAAGUCCUUGGAGAACUACUUGAAUCCAUGGCAUCAAUAACGUACCAAACGACAUGGUCGGAGGCCCAAGUAAUGUUACUAGAGAAUGCAUCAUUCAAAAAUGAUGUCAAUCUUCUCGGAAUGGACAAAGAAGAUGCUUUAAUUGUUUUUGAAGAACAUAUCCGAGGGCUAGAAAAAGAAGAGGACGAAGAAAAAGAACGAGAGAAAAAACGACUCAAACGACAGCAUCGUAAAAACCGAGAUGCAUUUUUAACUUUAUUAGAUUCCUUGCACGAGGAGGGAAAACUAACCUCAAUGUCACUAUGGGUAGAACUAUAUCCAGUUAUUUCGGCUGAUUUACGUUUUUCAGCGAUGUUGGGUCAGUCUGGUUCAACUCCACUUGAUUUAUUUAAGUUUUACGUAGAAGAUCUGAAGGCCAGAUUCCACGAUGAGAAGAAAAUAAUUCGAGAAAUACUUAAGGAAAAACAAUUUCAGGUGAAGGCCAAUACAACUUUUGAAGAUUUUGCUACAGUUGUAUGCGAAGACAAACGCUCCGCUAACUUGGAUGCGGGGAAUGUUAAAUUAACAUACAAUUCUCUACUUGAAAAGGCUGAAACUGCUGAGAAAGAACGAUUGAAGGAGGAGCAUAAACGUUUAAAAAAACUGGAAAGUGAGAUUAAAAGUGAAUGGCUUGAAGGAAAUAUAACUUCGGCGGAUACUUUUGAAACAGCAAAAAAAAUUGUUGAAAAUUUAGAAGCCUGCAUCUUAUAUGAAAGAGACUAUAGCUUGGAAAAAGUUUGGGAAGAUUUUAUUAAAGAAUGUGAAGAUGCUUGUAGCCAUCAUCAUUCCAGAUCAAGAAAAUCUAAAAAGAAUAAAAAACACAAAAAACGUCUUCGUUCGAGCUCUAAAUCGGAUAUUGAAAACGAUAUUUCUGAAUUCGAACAAGAAAAGAAUCGCAAAAAGAAAUCCAGGUCACAUUCGCAAUCCAUAAGCAGCAGUGAAAGCAUUGAAAGCGAAAAAAUUUCAAAAAAGAAGAAAAAAAAGAAGCAUAGGAAAUCGUCAAGAGCGUCCUCAUUCGAAAGUGAACAUCCAUCUUUAGCUGAAGAGUCUCCAGUAUCUGCAGAAGUUGGGUUAAAAAAAAAGAAAAAGGAUAAAAAACGCAAGGAAGUGGAGCCCCGUAAGCAACGUUCACCUUCUUUAAGUCAAGCAAGCAAUAUUUCAGAAAAAUUACCAUCAGGUGGGUCUUCAAGAAAUGGUGACGAACAAGCUCUUAGCGAAAGUGAGUUGGAAUCAAAACGUGCGGCACUAUUGGCUCAACUUAAAGAACAAAUGGAAGAGUAAGAGCUGAAUGUAAUUUUUAUUUGAAAGCUACAACAAAUUAAAAUUACAUUAUUUUAAAUAAACUUGAAGCAUUUUUUUUCACAAAAUCUUAAAAACAUUAUUACUAUCUCCUAAAUAACAAAACGUUAUUUCAAAUUGUGGACAAAACAUAAAAAUAAUAAAAUCUUAUAAAUCAA